AUGCCGGAAGGACUGCCGCUCGACCAUGACCAUCCGCUGAACGGGACAAUGGCGGCCUACGCUCAGCAAAUAGUUAUCUGUACGGGACAAAGGGAUUGGAGAAGUCGAAUUGAGGAUGACGGGAAGGAUCAACAUUGGGGAGAGCUCGUGAGAGGCCUGAAGAAUUUAAUGGGCCGCGGCGGUCCAUAUGCAGAUCCCUUUAAUAAUGUUAUGGUCACGAACUCCUCAUUGCCUCCUACCUCCACUGGCCCUCUCUCUCCCGGUGCUGCCUCGGCCUUCCUAUUCCCCAGCUUCAAAUACUUUCCUUCGAUACCGGUUGGUGUGACGAAGUUUGCGAAAACUAAUGCUGACCUCUCGACCUUUGUACGAGCAUUCCUUCUUCCCACACAGCUUAGUCCGAUGAUGGAGACCUUACCCGAGCCGCGACAUAGCGAGUUGCUUCGAAAGCCGGAGUUGGCGUCCGAAUUCCCCGACGCCGUGGAUAUACAGUAUUCCCCGGUUAUUUUGAUUUGUGGUCAUGGAGGCCGUGAUAUGCGGUGUGGGGUUAUGGCGCCAAUUUUGGAGGAGCAAUUUCGAAGAGUCUUGGAGUCCAAGGGUAUCUCUACGCCUGUUGGCACUGGCAGUGGCAAUUUUGAUAGCCCGGAUCGUGCCCAUAUCGGACUAAUCAGUCACAUUGGUGGUCACAAAUACGCGGGCAACGUUAUUGUGUAUAUUCCGAAGCGCAUGAAGUACGGCGACUCGCCUGUGCCCCAUCCGCUGGCCGGUAAGGGUAUUUGGUAUGGCCGUAUUGAGCCCAAACAUGUUGAGGGCGUUGUGGAGGAAACCAUACUGGGAGGUAGAGUGCUAUCAGAUCAUUUCAGAGGUGGCAUAGACUAUGACGGAAGUAUUUUGCGGUUAUAA